AUGGACGAAGAUGAAACAGAUGCAUAUGCCUUAUGCCCAUCCGAUGGUAUAUCAAACUCAGACGCCUGCUACUGGAUUGUACCUAAAGGAUUAAAUGAAGCUGCAGUUUUGAAUAUGUGUAAAGCGCACAAUGGUACUCUUGCAUCUAUUCCAAACCAGGCUGUGUCAAAUUUCAUAACAAAUAACCUUCGCAGUGUGUUGACGAAUCUGACAUAUUUAUAUGCUGCAAUUUUAAUUGGCGUGAAUGACAAACAUACUGAAGGACGCUACAUGAACUACGAGGGUGAAUUACAGAAUUGGACAAACUGGGAUGCUGGAUAUCCAGGUGGUGGAAGCAGCUACAAUUGCGUUAAAAUUCUACCUGCCUUUGGCAAUAAAUGGCAUGAUGACGACUGUUUUGUGGAAACACCUGGUGUGUGCUACUUCAAAUGUAGGUAG